AUGGCCGCCUACAGAUACGUCCGUAACCUUGAGGAGCGGGUUGUUCGACUCGAGGAGCAGCUCAGCAAAUUCUCAUCCUCUAGAGGCUAUCAAGACUCGGGCGCGUUAGACUCAAAUGUGCAUCAUUCAAUGAAGAGCGGUGACUCGACAAACACGUCAGCACCAGAGCACCGGGAAGUCAACGAAGACUGCCAAGAAAGAGUGCUAGAAGCGGAAGUAAGGAAGUUGUCCUUGGACGCGACUGCUGAUAGAUAUCUUGGGUCCUCAUCCGGAGUCUCCUUUGCGCGGUUGACUCAGGCAGUUCUUCGUCGUUUGAAGCCCGACCAACAUCCGUUCACUUUUGAGAACAACCUUUUGGACAAGUUGAGCGGCCGAAACAGUUUGGACGGCUCAGAAUCGGUCAAAUCAAGAACCGAACUGUCGCCCCCUCAAUAUCCAUCAUGCCUUCCCUCCAAAGGCCGAGCUUACCAAUUAGCCGACUAUUACUGGGCUCAUAACCACACACUCUACCCCUUUCUCAGAAAGACUUGGUUCAUGGAUCUCCUUGAGACCACGUAUUCUGAACAAGGCGAUGGACUUUUUAAUUCGCCAUCUUGGCUUUACACGAUGUGGAUGGUAUUCGCUAUCGGUUCAACGUGCUGGUCUUCCAUUGUCGCAGAUGCAUGUGAGUCCGAGUCCACUCAUUGUUACAACCAAGCUAUGACAUACUUCUUUGACGCCCUGUCCGUCGAAGGUAUAUCAGCAUUGGACUCUAUGUUGUUGCAGAUAAACUAUUCUUUCUUCAACCGUGUGGGCGCAAAUACGUGGUACCUUGUGGGUUCAGCUAUCCGACUUGCGGUUGGUAUGGGAUUGCACGCCCCGAACGCAUCCGCGAAGCAGUUGCCGAUGGACGUACAGGAACACCGGAAACGGAUAUUCUGGAGCCUUUACAUGGCCGACAGGGUUGUGUCGAUUUCACUGGGCCGGCCUUUAGGGAUCAGAGAUGAUGACAUUGAGGUUGGCCUCUUCUCGGCUGUCGAUGAUGAAUGCAUCUUCCUAGAUAAGAUAUUGCCACAGCCACAGCUCAGGAGGUCGGAUUUGGCCGUACCACUACACGUCUUAGCAUUACGCAGAAUUGCAAGUCAAAUAUUCGAUCAAGUCUACUCCAACAGGAAUAGACAGUUGGCUACCAACGCCCAGGACGAGGUAUUCUCCGGGCUGCACACCCAACUCCUUGAUUGGCGACGCACCAUACCUUUUCCACUUCCUCAAUGCCAAAGCCUGAGGAUUCCCCAUACAAGCACAUCAUGGUAUGACUACAACUACUACCUCCACUUGAUUAUGCUGUACAGGCCAUCUCCACUUUGUCCAGUUCUGACCCUAGAGAAAGUCAAAUUGAUUGCAGACGCCGCUGCAAUGGCGAUUCGUCAUAUCGAGGUCAUGCACAAUGAGCAAAGAUAUUCGUACAACUGGAUUACUCUAUUCAAUGUCUUUUCUGUGGCAUUGACUCUGAUCUAUUCUAUCACAGCACAGCCUGACCCUUUAACAAUCUACCUUGGACGCUCCGAUGCCCUUUCCGAUCUACAACGAGCCAGUCGAGUUCUCGGGAAUUUUGCUCAGAAGUUUCCCACGGUGGUGAGGUGUCUCAGCAUUGUCCAGGGCGUGUCUCAGCGACUGAGAGCCCUCAUGAACUCCGCCCACGUAUCAGAUGCCAAGGGUGAGUCUCCAGAUGAUGCUUACCCUCGAUAUGCAAUUGGACCAGAAUUGGUAUCUGGUAUGCACUCGGCAACUCCUGAAUCUGUUCAGACAGGCGCAACCUCAUUUCCAUCAUUCGUCACUGGCAAUCGCCUCUUCGACGAGCUUCAGAAUCGCGUGUCCAGCACUACCUAUGUGGAACGGCCAGCGGUAAUCUCUGAGUACGAAAAACAAUUGCCCACCAUCUCGGAAAGUGGCUUACCACCAAACUUUCGUCUGGCAGCCACAAUGGCUCCUUAUGGGGACGCUACAGCACAAUUCAUGGCCAUUGGCAUCGGCUCCAAUGAAGCCACUGCUAUGGACCUAGAACAGGUCUUCAUGAAUUUCCUCGAUGGAACCUUAUCCUGA